AUGGAUGGAGUGUUUGAAGAAUCGUCAUGGUCACAGAUAAUUCAAAUCAUUGAUGGAGCCGACCGCAUCCUUCACCGUGGACCUCAUCUAUUUCUUGCGUUUGCCCUUGUUUCACUGUAUUAUGCGUUGGUGGGAAGCUGGCUGGACCUACUUCUCAGCGCCGCUGCUAUCGGUCUUGGACAUCACCGUGCCCUUCUGACGUUUACAUCCUACUUUGGAAGAUCCUUGUCUACUGUUACGAUAUCGAUUGCUGGCGCCAUUGCUAUAGGCCUCGUGUCAAUUCGUCGCUUCUUAAACCCGAACCCGGUUUUGAAGGGUCCCGCGCAGCCAUAUUUGAUACCUUGCAAGACAACUCACACACGGCUAUUCCCCAAGAAACAUGCAUUUGGAUAUUCUUAUUUGGUCGUGGGAAUACCCGUGGGAAGCACUGGUGACUUUCAUGGGAUUUUGACGAUUGAUUAUCAAUCCUGCGGCUCCUGGGAUCUCUUGAGCAAGUUGUUUCGAGGCGGAUGGUACACUGUGAACAAUGCCGAUUAUUUGCAAAGGGGCGUCAGCGCUCAUGGGCUUCGAGGUAAGUUGGAUGAGUAUCUCAAGUCUCAGGGUGUCGAGCCGUCUGUCUUUCCUCAUGCUUACCUAGUUACUGCUGCAAGGUUCCUCGGCUACCACUUCAACCCGGUUUCUUUCUGGUAUCUGUAUUCAGAGGACAAGAUUCUGUCUGCCAUGGUGCUCGAAGUAAACAAUACGUUUGACGAGAGACGUCCAUAUCUGCUUUGCGGAUUCUCACCUGGUUCCCAGCAUCACACGGGACCAGGGCGUGAGGAUACCACACCGUCUCGCGUGAAAGGUUCUUGGGCGAAGGAUUUUCAUGUUUCGCCAUUCAACUCGCGAAAGGGAGCGUACUCAUUGACCGCGAGCGAUCCACUUGGUCCCGGGAUGACAGGUUUUCGCGGCAUUGACAUUACCAUCAACCUAAGCUCCUCGAAAGGCCAUUCCAAGCUGGUUACUAGACUUGUUUCGCAGGGAGAAGCUAUCCACCCGGCUUCCAUGGGCCCAGUAGCCGAAAUGAGAUUUCUGUUGAGGUGGUUUUGGGUUGGAUUUGCAACCUUGCCAAGAAUCGUCAAAGAGGCUGCGACACUUUUCUUCAGGCGCGAGCUUCAUGUAUGGUACAGACCUGAACCUCGCAAGGAAAGCCUUGGGAGACAUGCGUCAAAGACAGAACGACAACUCGAGGUCGCCUUUCGCAGCUACCUGAAAUUCCUAGUUGAACAGUGCCAGAAAUCCAUGUCGGUCAGGUAUGUCUCGAGUGGGAUCCUCUCGAACCUGGAGGAGACAUUCACGUCACCUUCCCGGGACGGCUCAGUCGAAGAAGAUGGAGGGACUCUAGAACUCAAAGUCCUCACGCCACUUUUCUAUACCCGUUUCGUGCAUUAUGCGCACGACUUCGAAGCUGUCUUCACUGAAUUCAUGGAUAGUGCUACCAUUUGGGUGAGCAAGCCGCAUCUGUUGCCAGACUUGUUUUUAAAGAAAGCUUCACCGACUCUGCAAUCCGCCAGUAUGAUGGACUACUUGUCACUCACAUUAAUACGAAUUUUGCGGCGUCGACCAGAUAGGAUCCCCAGCGUUUCGACAUCUGCGGACACCAAGACGGAUGAGCCCUCGAUUGUUGAUAUUCGAGACUUUGGGAUUUCUUCCAUGGACGCUUACAUUCUAGAACAUGCUCAGCCGACACUCAAGGCAACAUAUCGGUCAACCCUGCUCCGCAUGUUUGUCGCUGACCACUUGGCCAUGGGCAACGUGGCCUUGUUGGAAUUUUGCAUCCUCCUCUGGAGAAUUGGAAUUGCUUCAGCUUGUGCGACAGUAUUGAGACAGGUGGCAACCUAUUUGCGGUGA